AUGGGGACCGUGACACUCUCACGGUUCUUGGCGAGCACUGCUGAUGGGGUCUGCAGAGGCUUCAGGAGCUGGUGGGGUCCUCGGAAGCACUCUGUGUCCACGUUAGGGAGCAGGCCGGCCAGCCGGGGUGGCCUGCAUGGCGGCGCACACACGCUGAGCCGCAGGCCUGGCUGCAGGCACCUGGGUAGUGCCAAGGGCGGGCUGCAGACACACCGGCUUGAGGGCCCGCCGCGGUGGCUCUGGUCGAGGGCACAGGCUCCGCGGCUGUGGGGACCCUUGCUGUCCACAGGCACUCCCAUGACUGCUGGGCAUUCCCGCUGGCAUACUCGGGAGCAAGGUCAAGGGGCGGCAAACUCGCGGAUAGAUGGGUUAGCUGCAGGGGAGCCCGACAGUGCAUGCCAGUGUCGGGGGAGAAGGCUGGUUCUGGGUCCACAAGCCGUCUGCGGGAAGGGGGUCGCGGCUGUCGGCUACUCCACUGUGAUUGCAGGGUCUCAUCACAGGUACACACAGGGCACGGUGGCCUGUGAUGGAGCUCAGGCCAGUGGCGUGCAGGUGCGCAGCGGGCGGUGCGGGCCCACUGUGUGCACACCGCGGUGGGGUCCGCUGCAGCGAUCCAGGGUGUGUCUUGCCCCCCGAGCCGCUGCAGACGUCAGGGUUGACUGCCAGAGUGGAUCCUGCGCUCCAGGGGGAAGCCUCAGGGCGGGAAGGGGGGAGGAGGGAGAUAUUCAAGCUGCUGGUGUCUGCGAAGAUGAAACGUAUAGGAAAGAAUCAUCCGUGGUGAAGUCUGCGGGGGGCGGAAGGGGGGGUUGGUGGCUGUGCCAGCCUCUGGUUUCUUGA